GAGUGUGAAAGCUUCAUCGGUUCAUACCCAAUCGGUAAGCGGAGGAACAGAACGGAACACAGAGAGAGAUUGGAGCCGAACGCACGAAAGGGAAUUUUCUUGGCGGUGAAGAAAUCGAGAAGAUGCCCAAAGAUGGAGAGGAAGAAGUCGCCGGAAUAACGCCGGUGCCGGCAGCGUCGUCGUCGUCGUCGUCGUCUUCUCACACCACCCGACAUGGAAGGAGGGUUGAUCCUCUGCUGGUUACUUGCAGGUUUUUCAGUGUUUUAACUGCUCUAACUGCCAUUCUCUGUAUCGUUGUCAAUGUUAUCUCUGCCGUUCGAUCUUUCAAGGACAAAGCCGACAUUUUCGAUGGUAUAUUUCGGUGUUAUGCGGUUUUGAUUGCAUCCUUCGUGGUUCUUGCUGAGACGGAAUGGGAAUUUAUUAUCAAGUUCUGGAAGGUAUUGGAAUAUUGGGCUGGCCGGGGCAUGUUGCAAAUCUUUGUUGCAGUCAUGACAAGAGCUUUCCCUGCGUAUUCUGAAGACCAAAGGGAGCUUAUUAUUCUUCAAGACGUUGCAAGUUAUCUGCUCCUCGGUUGUGGUGCAGUCUAUGUUGCAUCGGGAAUACUAUGCCUUGGGUUUCUCAAACGUGCUCGUGAAGAGAAAGAGACUGCAAAGGAGAGGACUGUCAAAGAUCUUCAGGAGUUAGAAAGACAAAAACAAGAACUUGAACGGCGGUUGCUCAUUGCAGAAAGUGUUUGAAAUAAUUUUAAGACAUCCCCAUGCGACAGGGGAUCAUCACCUGUUUCUCAUAGCUGAGAUUGUACGAGCAUUUUCGCUGCUUCCUUUUUUAUUCUACUAUAACUGCUCCCUUCUGGAGUUCUAAUCAUGUAAAUUGUGGCUAACUUGACCAUUUUCUCUGUAUUCAUCAUGUAAAUUCUGCGUCUGGACAAUUUGUCUCACUAUGUUAACAAGAGAGAUCAUUUAUUGGGACAACAA